AUGGGAUUAUUACAGCAAUUUCUGGUUUUCGGCAUAGUUUGCGCCUCCUCAGUUGUAGGUUUUGGGGUUGACCCUGCUCUGCGCAUCAGCGUGUUUGAUGAACUAACGCUUGGAGAAGGCUUUGAUGGAGUUACUCAGGUCCAGGGCUUCCACAGCGAGUCUAGAGCUUUCCACUUCCAAGGUUCUUCCAGGGAAGUGAAAGCUCCCAUUGAGGUCUCAGAGCAAAUGGUCCAGAAGUUGAGAGGCAAAAAUGAGUUUACUGUGCUGGUGACCCUCAAACAAGAUCACCUCAACUCUGGAGUCAUUCUCUCCAUCCAUCAUUCUGAGCACAGGUUUCUGGAGCUGGAGAGUAGUGGCCAGCGCAGCGAGGUGCGUCUUCACUACCGUACCAAAGGCCAGCAGUCCCAUACUGAGGUGUUCCCUUACAGCUUGGCUGAUGACCAGUGGCACAAGGUCUCCGUUGCCGUCAGUGCCUCUCAUGUCAUACUGCACAUCGACUGCAACAGGAUCUAUGAGCGGGUGGUGGAAGCCCCCUAUAUGGACAUACCUGAGGAUGCUUCCUUCUGGCUUGGACAGAGAAACUCCGCUCAUGGUUUCUUCAAGGGGGUGAUGCAGGAUGUGGAGAUCCUGGUGAUGCCACAGGGAUACAUCUCGCAAUGUCCAGAUCUGAACAGAACAUGCCCAACUUGCAAUGAUUUCCAUGGACUUGUGCAGAAAAUCAUGGAACUGCAGGAUAUCCUCGCCAAAACAUCCAGCAAGCUGUCCAGAGCGGAGGAGAAGAUGAAUGGACUGGAUGGAUGCUAUUGUGAGAGAACCUGCAGCGUCAAGGGGGUUGUCUACAGGGAGGACGAGGGCUGGACAGAUGGCUGCAGGAACUGCACAUGCACGAACGGCACGGUGCAAUGUGAAGCCAUCUCCUGCCCUCCCCCUCAAUGCCCAGCGGGCACAGCGCCUACCUACGUAAAGGGUGCCUGCUGCAAGGAGUGCCAGCCUGUCUGCCUGUUUGGUGGAAGAGAGCUGGUAGAGGGUGAUCUGAAGGCUGUGCGCGAUUCCUCUGGCAGGUGCCUGCUGUUCGACUGUAAGGACAGGACAAUGCAUCGAGUGGUCCCCAGUGAGCCGUGUCCUGUUCUCAACUGUCCAGAGUCUGAGCAGAUCACCUUGAAUGACAGAUGCUGCAAAGUCUGCAGAGGUCAUGACUUCUGCUCAGAGGGCCACGGCUGUGUGGAGCACUCUGACUGUGUGAACCUGGAGGCAGGAGAUUGCUGUGUUUGUAAGGAUGGCUUCCGCCCAUUGCGAGAUGAUAAUGCCUACUGUGAAGAUAUUGAUGAGUGCGCUGAAGGGAAGCACUACUGCAGGGAGAACACCAUGUGCGUUAACACUCCUGGCUCCUUCAUGUGCAUCUGCCAUACAGGUUACAUCAGGAUCGAUGACUAUUCCUGCACAGAGCAUGAUGAGUGCCUCAGUGGACUCCACAACUGUGAUGAGAAUGCCUUGUGCUUCAACAUGGUUGGAGGACACAGCUGCUCGUGUAAGCCGGGCUACACCGGCAAUGGGACAGUCUGCAAAGCUAUGUGUGACGGAUUGUGCCAGAACGGUGGGACUUGCGUGUCACCAAACAACUGCGUUUGCCAGCAAGGAUUUACUGGGAAGAGAUGUGAGACAGAUAUUGAUGAGUGUGCGGAUGGCUUUGUCGAGUGUGAUAGUAAAUCUACUUGUGUCAACUUGCCCGGCUGGUACCACUGUGAGUGCCGUGAUGGCUACCAUGACAACGGCUUGUUUUCAGCCAAUGGGGAGUCAUGUGUAGAUAUUAAUGAAUGCAAGACGGGGAGGAACACCUGUGCCAAUGACACAGUGUGCUUCAACCUGGAGGGAGGCUAUGACUGCCGCUGCCCCCAUGGGCACAACUGCACCGGUGACUGUAUCCAUGACAACAAGGUCAAGCACAGUGGGCAGAUCUGGGUACUGGACAGUGAUAGGUGCUCUGUGUGCUCCUGCCAGGCUGGCCAAGUGAUGUGCCGCAGGAUGGUUUGCGACUGCGACAACCCCAGCGCCGACCUGUUCUGCUGCCCUGAGUGCGACCCUCGACUGAGCAGCCAGUGUCUGCACCAGAACGGCCUGCUCACCUACGGCAGCGGGGACACAUGGGUGGAGAAUUGCCAGCAGUGCCAGUGCCUGCAGGGGCAGGUGGACUGCUGGCCUCUGCCGUGCCCGCCUGUGGACUGUGAGUUUACCGUGGUGCCCGAGGGCGAGUGCUGUCCCCGCUGUGUCACUGACCCCUGCCAGGCCGACACCAUCCGCAACGACAUCACCAAGACGUGCACGGACGAGCACAACAUCUCACGCUUCAGUGGUUCCUCCUGGAUUAAACAUGGCACCGAGUGCACCCUGUGCCAGUGCAAGAAUGGACACAUCUGUUGCUCAGUGGACCCCAUGUGCCUUUAG